AUGGUGCUUCCUGGUUUCUACUAUGAUCGAUUCAUCCAAAAAGUCUCUGACGGAGGUGAGAAGAUGAUGAGAUAUCACGAUGCCGGAGGCUCUGACUACCAUGCAAUUGACCCACAAGUGUCAUCAGAGUCUCGCCUCUCCAUCGCUGUGAUCAUAUUGGCUGUGCUGUAUCUAGCUGCUGUGUCAAUGAAGUAUCGCCGCACUUUUUCAUCAUUGCUUUGGGGUCCUACGAACACAGGAACUGCCCGGAAAAACGGAAUGGUGAAUUCAAGCUAUUGUGGGAGGAUGACCUGGAAAGGGUUCAAUACAAUGCUGGCAUAUUUCUCAAUGAGCAAUGCAUGUGCCAUCUUGCUAGUGACAUUUUCGUGGUAUCGUUUUUCGGUGCAACAUGGAUCAUCGCCUUUGUAUCCUGGUCAAUGGAGUGCUUUUGUUGUCCUCUGUUCCGACAUGGCAAAGGCUGAUAAAGCUCUCCAGCCCAUCAGGCUGGCCCUGGCGGUGUUGUUUGCUCCUCGAGCAGAUAAGGCAAUGAAAUGGAUUCAAGAUCAAACAGGGUCUUACAGGCUAGCCAUCGAUGUUGCCUUGAUAGGGAUUGGGGCUGCAACGCUUGGACUCUUGAUUGGCGGAAUUGUCUUGGCCAGUUGGUUGGCCAGGGUACCAAUCUUCUUGAUUGAUUCUGUCUGUUUGCCAUAA